UGCCUGAGACCUUUAUUUAAGAUUAGGAGUGUUUUUAGAUAUGACUGUCUACAUGAGUUAAAUACAAGAUGAGUCUUCACAAGCUGAUCAGCAGUUGUGCUAUUGUUCUGCCAAGGAGUGCAUUGCACAAGGCUGGAAUAAGCGUCACUCCUUCUGUUCGAGCGCUUCAUGUGUGUGUUGUGAGAAGGGGAGAACAUCGUAGUCCGACGGAGCAUCCCGAGUCGACCUUCGGAAAAGAUUCACACCAGACGGGAAUCUCACACUCCAAAUAUGAGCAGCCACAUGCAGACUUGACCAACUCCGGAGGAGGUGUUUUAAUUUUGCCGGAAGAACAAUUGCCAUCGGAUUACCCGGAAACGGCGGAGGAAUGGAUUCGAAGUGCGAGAAAGUAUGGCAUUCCCAUCGAAGAGUACCAGCCCUACCCGGACGACGGAAUGACUAGUCGCGGCGACUACCCAGAUUUCCAGCCAGUACAUGGGCUGUCCAGGGACUUCUGGCACGACUGGGACAUGCCUCCGACAAAGAGUGACUGGGGUCAUGUGUUGCACUAUGAUGAACUGGACUUGGUUGCUUUCACUGACGACCAGAUUACUCCCACUGUCGUGCCCAAAUGGAAGAAUUACUUGCGCUUGUUUGCUUACAUGUUGGGAGCAGCGGUCCUUAUUACCUACUCUACGUUGUAUCUACCCUACCACGGAAUCAUGGCACCUCGAACCUACCCUCACGGAUGGGAUCCCCGCAAGAGAAGAUUCAUCGCUGAGAACGAGAGACCCCUUUAUAGAUUCCCCGAACACCCGCAGCACUACAACAAGAUAUCUUCGUAGAAGCGGACAAACAGACACCGCGAAUGACUGACUCAAUUAAACAAUUUGGACGCACAAAUUCGAUCAUAGAUAUUUUAACCAGUUCUUUGCCACUUGACUGUCAAAUUGAUCGCAAAAAUUUAAAGAAAUUAGGUUGAA